UGCGGGCCUCCGGGACUGCCUUUUGCCCUGAACCCUGGGUCCAUUUCUCUGGAGGCUCUUCUCGUUUCUGCGUGUCGGCCCUUGUCUCUCGCUCUGUCUCUGGUCUUACACUGAGGCUGUCUCCAGCUGCCCACACUGGCUCUGUGUCUUUGUGAUCCUCAUUUCUUUUCUGUCCCCUGCUGACUCAGUGUGGGAUUCCUAAUCUCCCUACCUGGGCCUUUCCCCUCCUCUCCAAAGCCUAGAUCUCGGUAAUCUCUAAUUGUCUCUCAGACCCUUCUUCCUGGAGCCCACCUGGAGAGAGCCAGUACUGGAUGCCAGCCAGGCCUGGGACCAUGGCAGUACCCAGUCUGUGGCCCUGGGGAACAUGGCUGCUUAUGAUCCUCUUCUCCUUGGAAUUUGGCCUGAGCACGCUAGAGGUGUGCCCCAGCCUGGACAUCCGCUCAGAAGUGGCAGAGCUGAAGCGGCUGGAGAGCUGCAGCGUGGUGGAGGGCCACCUGCAGAUCCUGCUCAUGUUCACGGCCACAGGGGAGGACUUCCGCGGCCUCAGCUUCCCACGUCUCACUCAGGUCACUGACUACCUGCUGCUCUUCCGUGUCUAUGGCUUAGAGAGCCUGCGUGACCUCUUCCCCAACCUAGCCGUGAUCCGAGGUGCCCGCCUCUUCCUGGGCUACGCGCUGGUCAUCUAUGAAAUGCCACACUUGCGAGACGUGGGACUGCCAGCUCUGGGGGCUGUGCUGCGUGGGGCCGUGCGUGUGGAGAAGAACCAGGAGCUUUGCCACCUCUCCACCAUUGAUUGGGGUCUGCUGCAGCCUGCCCCAGGUGCCAACCACAUUGUGGGCAACAAGCUGGGCGAGGAGUGUGCUGACGUGUGCCCUGGAGUACUGGGUGCAGCUGGAGAGCCUUGUGCCAGGACCACCUUCAAUGGGCACACUGACUACAGGUGCUGGACCUCCAGCCACUGCCAGAGAGUGUGUCCCUGCUCCCACGGGUUGGCCUGCACAACGGGGGGUGAGUGCUGCCACUCCGAAUGUCUUGGUGGUUGUAGUCGGCCAGAAGACCCUCGUGCCUGCGUAGCUUGCCGCCACCUCUACUUCCAGGGCUCUUGCCACGGGGCCUGCCCUCCAGGCACCUACCAGUAUGAAUCCUGGCGCUGUGUCACAGCAGAGCACUGCGCCAACCUGCACUCUCUGCCCGGCCGUGCCUCCACCUUUGGCAUCCACCAGGGUAGCUGCCUGGCCCAGUGCCCCCCAGGAUUCACCCGUAAUGGUAGCAGCAUAUUCUGCCACAAGUGUGAGGGCUUGUGCCCCAAAGAGUGCAAGGUGGGCACCAAGACCAUCGACUCCAUCCAGGCAGCACAGGACCUGGUGGGCUGCACCCACGUGGAGGGAAGUCUCAUCCUCAACUUGCGCCAGGGCUACAACCUGGAACUGGAGCUGCAACACAGCCUGGGCCUGGUAGAGACCAUCACAGGCUUCCUCAAAAUCAAGCACUCCUUUGCUCUUGUGUCUCUGGGCUUUUUCAAGAACCUCAAACUAAUCCGCGGAGACACCAUGGUAGAUGGGAACUACACCCUGUACGUGCUGGACAACCAGAACCUACAACAGCUGGGGUCCUGGGUGACCGCAGGGCUCACCAUUCCCGUGGGCAAGAUCUACUUUGCCUUCAAUCCACACCUCUGCUUGGAACACAUUUACCGAUUGGAAGAGGUGACUGGGACUCGAGGCCGGCAAAACAAGGCUGAGAUCAACCCCCGCACUAAUGGAGACCGUGCUGCCUGCCAGACCCGUACCCUUCGCUUUGUGUUCAACUUGACGGAGGCCGACCGCAUCCUGCUGCGCUGGGAGCGCUAUGAGCCGCUGGAGGCCCGUGACCUGCUCAGCUUCAUCGUGUACUACAAGGAGUCUCCAUUCCAGAAUGCCACCGAGCAUGUGGGUCCAGAUGCCUGUGGAACACAGAGCUGGAACCUACUGGAUGUAGAGCUGCCCUUAAGCCGCACCCAAGAACCAGGGGUGACUCUAGCCCCCCUCAAGCCCUGGACACAGUAUGCAGUGUUUGUGCGGGCCAUCACACUGACCACUGCUGAGGACAGUCCCCAUCAAGGAGCCCAGAGCCCCAUUGUCUACCUGAGAACCCUGCCUGCAGCGCCCACCGUGCCCCAAGACGUCAUCUCCACAUCCAACUCUUCCUCCCACCUCCUGGUGCGCUGGAAGCCACCGAACCAGCGCAACGGAAACCUCACCUACUACCUAGUGCUGUGGCAGCGGCUGGCAGAGGAUGGAGACCUCUACCUCAAUGACUACUGCCACCGUGGCUUGCGUCUGCCCACCAGCAACCACGACCCUCGCUUCGACCGCGAAGAUGGAGUCCUUGAAGCCGAGACUGAGCCUGGCUGCUGCCCUUGCCAACACUCCCCUCCCAGGCAGGUCCUGCCCCCGCUGGAGGCGCAAGAGGCCUCGUUCCAGAAGAAGUUCGAAAACUUUCUACACAAUGCCAUCACGAUUCCCAAGUCCCCAUGGAAAGUGACGUCCAUCAACAAGAGCCCCCAAAGGGACUCAGCGCGGCACCGCCGGGCCUCUGAGCCCCUCAGACUAGGGAGCAAUAGCUCGGACUUUGAAAUCCAAGAGGACAAAGUUCCCCGGGAGCGAGCGGUGCUGAGUGACUUGCGCCACUUCUCGGAGUAUCGGAUCGACAUCCACGCCUGCAACCACGCGGCACACACCGUGGGCUGCAGCGCCGCCACCUUCGUCUUUGCACGCACCAUGCCCCACAGAGAAGCCGAUGAUAUCCCAGGGAAAGUGGCCUGGAAAGCCGCCAGCAAGAACAGUGUCCUCUUGCGAUGGAUUGAGCCACCAGACCCCAAUGGACUCAUCCUCAAGUAUGAAAUUAAGUACCGCCGCCUGGGAGAGGAGGCCACAGUGCUGUGUGUGUCCCGACUUCGAUAUGCCAAAGUUGGUGGGGUCCAUCUGGCUCUGCUGCCCCCCGGAAACUACUCUGCUCGAGUUCGGGCCACCUCUCUGGCUGGCAAUGGCUCCUGGACAGAGAGCAUCGCCUUCUACAUUCCUGGCCCAGAGGAGGAAGAUUCUGGGGGGCUGCACGUUCUCCUCACUGUCACCCCCGUGGGGCUCAUGCUGCUCAUCAUUCUUGCUGCCCUCGGUUUCUUCUAUGGCAAGAAGAGAAAUGGCACCCUGUAUACCUCUGUGAAUCCGGAGUACUUCAGCGCCUCUGAGAGUAGGUCUGGAGUGUAUGUCCCCGAUGAGUGGGAAGUGCCUCGAGAGCAGAUCUCCAUAAUCCGAGAGCUGGGCCAAGGCUCUUUUGGGAUGGUCUAUGAGGGACUGGCACGAGGACUGGAGGCUGGGGAGGAAGCCACACCAGUGGCCCUGAAGACGGUGAAUGAGCUGGCCAGUGCACGGGAACGCAUUGAGUUUCUCAAGGAAGCUUCCGUCAUGAAGGCAUUCAAGUGUCACCAUGUGGUACGUCUCCUGGGUGUGGUGUCUCAGGGGCAGCCAACUCUUGUCAUCAUGGAGCUAAUGACCCGUGGGGACCUCAAGAGCCACCUCCGAUCUUUGAGGCCCGAGGCAGAGAACAACCCUGGGCUCCCACAACCAGCCCUGGGAGAGAUGAUGCAGAUGGCUGGUGAGAUUGCAGAUGGUAUGGCCUACCUUGCUGCCAAGAAGUUUGUGCACCGAGACCUGGCAGCCCGCAACUGCAUGGUGUCCCAAGACUUCACCGUCAAAAUUGGGGACUUUGGGAUGACACGGGAUGUGUAUGAGACAGACUAUUACCGCAAGGGUGGGAAGGGGCUGCUGCCCGUGCGUUGGAUGGCCCCUGAGUCCCUCAAAGAUGGAAUCUUCACCACACACUCGGAUGUCUGGUCCUUUGGUGUGGUACUCUGGGAGAUCGUGACCUUGGCUGAACAGCCCUACCAGGGCCUGUCCAAUGAGCAGGUGCUCAAGUUCGUCAUGGAUGGUGGGGUCCUGGAGGAGCUAGAGAGCUGUCCCCUUCAGCUGCAGGAGCUGAUGUGUCGCUGCUGGCAGCAGAGCCCGCGUCUACGCCCUACCUUCAUCCACAUCCUGGACAGCAUACAGGAAGAGCUGCAACCCUCCUUCCGUCUCCUCUCCUUCUAUCACAGCCCGGAGUGCCAUCGGGGCCGGGCCUCCUUGCUGUCUACCGAUGUGGAGCCUGACUCCCCCCAAGCCCCUAAAGACACACCAGAUUGCAGCCCCCAAAAUGGCGGUCCAGGACACUGAAGAUCCGGCCUCACCACCCUCCAUCAGCCAAUUGGCUUCUCAUGGUCAAAUAGAACCUGACCUUUGUGACCAUGAGAUGUCUAUAUGUCCAGGCUCUACCCCUUGUCCCAUUCAAGCAGGGCAGGAGUGGCCACAACUGGAGCAGAGAGUAGAGGCUGGAAAGGAAGGGGGCAUCUGAGCAGAUUCACACAAGGAAGUUCCUCAGGAGUCUGAGCUCAUGAGAAGGCUAUACCCAGGGCCAUAUCUGUGGCAUCCUUAGACAGUGCCCUUAGAGUAACAGACCUACUCAGAGUAAGAGAAGGCUGUGCAUCCUGGAGACAGGACCAGAAGGAACACAGUCUCUGAAGCUGUGGAUUGCCUGUAGGCAUCUACAGAUGUCAAUGUAUUGAAUACCAGAUGAGCAAUCAGCAGCAGACCUGGAGCCCUCUCCACCCAAAAGCGGAUUGCCCACUAUACCAACUUUCCACCUGGCCACACUUCAGAGGGUACAGAGAAAAGCCGUGGCUCUGGGCAAGCAAGUUCUGGCCUGGGCCUAGUGGCCCUGCCUCACUUCUUCCUCUUUCCUCCCCCACCCCAGGGACCCCCGAGCUUGGUGCUCCUCCUUCCUAUUCCCUAGGGGCAUCCCUUGGUACACAGUCUCCCCUCCCCUUUUUCCAGUCUUCCCCCUCAAGAUUCGCCUUGGAUCAUUAAGUCCUUAAGAGCCUUGUCUUCCUUCCUCUCCUUGCUGACCCCAUCCCUCACCACCCCACCUCUCACGGGAAGUCUAGAGAAGGCACAAUAAAUGUGGAGGUCUGUUUGUACCCUGGUCCCUAGCAGCCCAUUAUCUCUCCAUCUAUAUGGCAUUGACACUGAAUGAACUUCCUCCUUCCUCCUUUGGGACUUGAGGUGGUGACCCUAAGGCAGCAAUACAGGAUAAAUUCACUACUGUCAAACACCACCUCCAUGAGGACCCCAGCAGCCCGGGGUUGCUAUGGCAGUGAAGUGUUGCUAUUAUCUCCCUCUCAGAGCCAGAAGUGCUUGAGCCCCUCAGGGAACCUUCGUUUCUGGUCUUCUAACAGAACUAGCCAGUCCCUUGUACUUCAUCUUUAUUUUGUCUUUUGCUAUGUCUGACUACUGGGCAGGCAUCUCCUUCCCCCAAGUCAAGUUGCAGGACAGAUUUUAAGUGGACAGAACUUGGGAUGGUGAGGAAUCCUGGUGCUAUCACCUAUCUCAGCUAAAUGUCCCUCAACCAAGGCAGAGGACACAUGCCAAAGCAGAGUUGUGUCUGGCUCCCUAUGGUUAUUUGGGGAAGCCAGAAUUUCUCUGCUUCUGUCCUGUGAGCAAAUUUGCCUUUGAGAAGUGUUGAGGUUGUACAGGAAGUCAAUAUCCUGGCUUUAUGUCAAUGCUAGGGCAUUUGAAAGGGGAGAGGUGCAGAAGAAUGGUAUUAAACCUUGGAAAAGG